ACGAAGUUUAUCAAUUAACAAAAUGCCAAAAGCUGCCGCCGCUAAGCCACAACACAAGUUCGUUCUCGACUACUCAAAGCCAGCCGAAGAUAAGGUUUUCGACGGUCAAGCUUUCGAGCAAUACUUGGUUGAGAGAAUCAAGGUUGAAGGCAAGACUGGUCAACUCGGUGACAACGUCAAGGUUCAACGCUCAGGCGACAAAUUGAUCGUCACCUCACAAAUCCCAUUCUCAAAGCGUUACCUCAAGUACUUGACAAAGAAGUACCUCAGAAAGCAACAACUUAAGGAAUGGUUAAGAGUUGUCGCUACCGCUAAGGACACCUACGCACUCAAGUUCUACUCAGUUGACUUCCCAGGUGCAGAGGAAGACGAAGCUUCUGAUGAAGAGUAAACGUCUUUAUAUGCCAUAGCGGGAUAAACUUCGUCUUUGGGUUUUUGCGAGCGUCCCAAAUUUUGUUAAGCUUGUAAUUAUUUCCUGGGCGACAUUCCCAGAAUAUACAUAAAUUUACAAAAAAACAAUAUAUUAUACAAUGAUUGGUUUCUCAUUUCCGAAUUCCCAUUUAAAACAGUCGAUGCAAUCUUCUGGAGGGUUUGUUAGAAUGCCGUUAUGAUUUAACUGCCCACAAACCUUCAGCUUCCGGUUUGGGUACAUAGACAACUCCAUCGUCAUCUUUCCAUUCAUGUUCAAGUAUUUCAUUUAUGACGGUCGCGAUACGAUGAUGACGUAGAUCAACUGCCCAUCCAAACUUACUAACGGUAUCAUAUACAAUAGACAAUCCGGUAUGACAUCUAGUUUCCAUUGCGAAACCUGCAGCAUUACAUGGUGAUAACAUACCAUUACAUGUACCCUCUGCAACCGGAUCUGCUGUGUGGUAUACGUGAUAGACACCUGAUAAUUCAGCUGGUGGUUGUGGUAAAUGUAAACGUUGUGAUGGUAAUCUAUCACCUGGUGCUUCGAAUGUCACCGAUGGUACACCGAAUGUCAAACCAAGCAUACUAGCUAAUGCACCACCUAAACUAUGUCCAGUUAUCCAGAUAUUAGAAUCUGGGAACAUAUAAGAAACGUUAUUGUAAAGGUUCGUAGCUACUGGGUAAUAAACUGAUUCCUUUUCUAUACUCGUUUCGAGACAUUCUUCAUGGCAUUGCCAACCACCGUUAUAGCAAUCGCAAACUGGUGUCCAUGUCCAGCUAACUCUUGCGCAACAACAACUGAAUAGUAGGUUAUCGUUGAAUUUGUCAUUUUUUGAAGAUGGUCCACCACCACCAAUUAAUCCUGCUGAUGUACCCUUUAUCGCAAUAACAACAGUUUUCUUAUCAGGAGUACUAAAUAUAUGACCUCGUAAUCCAUCAUCAUCCUUUUUCCAGCCAAAUGAUAUUACUUCACCACUGAAAUGCUUUGAAGGUUCUAUCCACUCAUCGCUACCUUGUUUAAUGUAUG